CGCAUACUUCGUAUACGUUUUCUUCGAAUCGAGCUACGGGGAUAAAGAAGGUACUUAUUCGCCGCAACAAUUACCCUUCUGGUCAUUGCCGCUUCCAAACAAAACGUCCAUAGCCUACGCUCAUGCUAGGGGCAAAGCCGGCACCGGCAUUGCCAUCUUAUUUUCUAUCAUUCCCCAAAUCAGUUAACUGCCAUCACCUGGCCAUAUCCUUUACUGGGCCCAUCCUGAAACCGAACUAAUUCUAGGUAUAGGUCGGAUGCAGGAGCAGCACCCAGGCAAAAAGCUUGCAGAGCCGCCUUUCCUCUUUCUCCUUCCAAAAGACCUGCUUCUAAACAUCCUACCCAAGGCGGCCACCGGCGCAGCGGGCGCCUACGCCUCCUGCCGCGCGCUUCGCGAUGCCUGGCAGGCCGCGAUCAGGCAGCCGGGCGGCGCCAGCGCCUACCUGAUUGCCCGUUACGGCAUCCAAGAUGCAAUCCUAUAUGUCUACACCUGCCCCGGCUUGCUGAAGUUCGUGCUGGCAGACGUUCCCGCGGCCGAGCACGACAGCAGGGUGCUGCGGAUGAUGAAGGAGCUGGAGAAGCAGCACAAGCAGUACGUUGGAAGCGGGUACUCGGCCAGCCAAGCCACCGCGCUGGCGGCUGUCGCCCCUAAAGCCGCCGCUGCGGGUCACCUGGGCACGUUGCGGUGGCUUCUUCGCCGGAUCCCGUCUCCCGAACAGACAUCUUCAGGCGCUUUCUGUCUGCACGAGGCGGCCGCUUGGGGCCAUCUGAAUGUGGUUCGGUGGUGGCUGCGGGAGAGGGAAGUGGUGGCAGCAGCAGCAGGCAAUGACGGGGAGGAGACUUCGAUCGCCCUGUCCGGCGCCCGGUUGGAAGCCCUGAUUCGUGCGGCCAAGUAUGACCGAGUGGAGGUGGUGCGGGAGCUGCUGCAGGCGAGAGCCGACCCACGGGUCGAGCCUGAAGCUUUGUUGGAGGCAGCACGGUGGGGCGCUGAGGAUACGGCGGCGGUGCUGCUAGCUGCCGGAGCAGACGCCAGCGCCAUAGAGUCCGUAGGCUUGACGCUCGCGUCCGCCUACGGCCAUGCAGGGAUUGUACGGCAGCUGCUGGAGGGGGGCGCUGACCCCACCGCGCAGGAGAGCACGGCCCUUCUGGGUGCGGCCAAGUUCGGUCACGUGCAGGUGGCACGGCAGCUGCUCGAGGCGGGGGCGAACCCCACCGCGCGGGACAACUUUGCGAUGCACGUCGCAUACGAGCCCGGCCACAUUGAGGUGGUGCGGCUGUUGCUUUCAGCUGCAGGCGGGGUGGAUAUCAGCAGCAUCGGCGGCCGCUACCUCGCUUUCAAGUCAGCCGAGGAGGGCUAUGACGACAUAGCCGAAACGCUGCUGCAGAGGGGUCGCUUCAGCGUCACGGACUGCAGCAAUUUGCUCGCGCGAUCAGAUACCAACUUCCCGCUGCUGUGCCGGCUGACCUGGAUGUGCCUGGUGGCUGCAUGGCGGCGCUGGCGGCCGGAAGCAGCAGCAGUGCGACCCGUGGGUCACCAGCUCCUGGG